ACCCUAAUCUCAAAAAAAAAAAGAUUGAAAAAACCCUAGUCGAUGGCCAAGACGCACCAGCCGCCGUGGGUGGUACAAUUCGACGGGACAAGCAAAGCUGCCCCUCUUCGCGCCGUUCGACGGAUGCAGCCCCUGGGACGAGACGCCGGACGUGCCGUUUCUGCGAGGGAAACGAUGCCUCGGCCUCGACGGAGACUGGUCGCUCAUGGUCGACGAGCAAAGCAAGGAGUGCUCCCUGGUGAGCUUCGCUGAUACUCCGUUGUUGUCGGCCCCCACCGUAAUCGCUCUCCCGCCGCUGCCCGAGGACGCGCCAGAGCCGUACCUAUGGUUCGGCUGCGCGCUCUCGGCGCAAACCCCGCCUGACUGUACGGUCAUGCUCGACUUCGUCAGGGAGAGGUACCUUCUCCACUGCCGCCCCGGCGACCCCGAGUGGUCCCGUCUCCCUGUGGAGCUCGUUGACAUGAACGACCAGUUUGACGGCCCCAUAACCCGUGGCCACCAGGGGAAGGUGUACGCGACGACCAUGUUAUCCUUCGUGGCCCUUGAUGUGUCCGGCCCGGCGCCGGUGGUCGAGAGGAUGGAUAUGACACUCCCGCCGCGGUGCCCAGUGCACGCUGAGUACAAGUGCUACCCGGUGCCGUGUCCCGAUGGCGAGCUCUUCUUGGUGCGCUGCUGCAUCUUUGGGUACCCGGAAGAGGUGGUGGAUGUGAAGGUUUUCCGAUGGAACGAUGAAGAUAAUGCGUGGGAGACGGUCGAAACUAUUGGGGACAAAACGUUCUUUGUAGGCCGGUUUACUUUCGCGGUCCCGUCGGCCACUGAAGCGGGAACCCAACCCAACUGCAUCCAUGUGCUGCGCAAAGUUUGCGGUGUAUUUGGUAUCUAUACCGUUUGUCUUGAUGAUAUGACCAUUUGUCUUGGUAUUGUCGAGGGAUGUGAUGAUGAUAAUGAUGAUGGUGAGGACCAAGUUUUCUGGGCUCUUCCCACUAGCUUUGGUCUCGAAGCAGCACGAACUAUCGACGCUUCUGAUAAUGCCUCCAGUGAAAUGAUGCAUACAAGAAUUGAACAUUGCUGCGGAGAGCAAGAAACAGAGGACAUGGCGAUGCGUACUGCGGCCUCUCCAGAGGAGAGGCAUUGGUGUGACCUCCGUACCGACUUGUUGUAGUUACUAGUACACAAGAUUUCAUUCAUCGAUUUCCUACACCAGAAAGCUGUGUGCAAGCAGUGGAACUCCAUUAAGAGCCCGAUCCAGCAUGCAAAAGUCUCUCCAUUGCUCAUGACAACUCGACCAGCAGGAAGGAACAAGGAGGAUCUUCUCGAGAUCUUUGAUCCGGUGAGCGAGAAGAAGUAUAGCAUCAGGGUAAACAUCCAUGUUUCAGGUCUGGAAUCUCAAGGAUCACAGUUACUACAUUUCACAAAGAACGGCUGGGUCAUCAUGUCGAGAGCCGGCGACCACAUGCUCUUCCUAGUGAAUCCGUUCAAGAAUUAUCCUGAUGGCGGCCAUGUGAUCGCUAUUCCACCUUUGAAAGUCCCUGUCCUCAAAGGAUUGUCGUUUUCUGCAGUGUUGGGUUCUCCGGACUUCGUGGUCCUCGUCGCAGGAACUAACCCAAGCGGCCAAGUUACCAUCAUACGAACAUGGCCAAUGGGAGAUGAAAAUUGGAAGAAAGAAUGCUUUGGUGAUUAUGACGUGCCCUUCUUCAUGGCAUCUCACAACCCCGUUUUCCUGGACGGACUCUUCUAUUUUCUGGACAUCAAUGGCAGGCUUGGAGUCAUGGACCCGAACGAGGACGAAAUGGAAUGGAACCUCAUGGAAAAAGCCGGAUCAACCAAUACGUGGAAGCAAUGAGGUGCAUUCUAGGGAAUGGGACUAUAGCUAUCUGGUGGAGUGGAAGCGGGAGCUGAUCACCAUUGUCAGAGAAAAUGGCGAUGAUGGGUCCAUCAAAAUGUUCAAGCCGGAUCGGUCUCGGAUGGUUUGGUCAGAGUUGGAAGGGUUGGAGGGCGCGGCCGUGUUUUUGGGAUAGGAAGAAUGCUUUAAUUGAUGUGCCACCUGUCGGAGAAGAUUUAUGUAACAAGGUGUUCCUACCAAACUAUAACGAGACCAACGGUGGUGGCAGGAAGCAGGCAUUCUACUCAUUCCAAGAGCAAUGCUACUACCCUUCCUUUUAUGCCAAGGAGCCCAUGAAUGCCAUAUGGUUCCAGUCAGACCUGGACGAACUUACGAUGAUUGACCAGUAGUGCAUGUUAUUUCCUUCUUGAUCGAGAUCCUAGCUAGGAGUUCUUGGAAACUCCAUAACAUAAGCACCUAUGGAAGCUGCACUGUAUAGGGCCUAAAUAUUUUAUCCUGAAACAACUAAAAAAUGAGUUAUGGAUGCUGGUGUCUUCGGAUGCUUAAAAUUGGACUUACUUUUA